AUGCAGCCAGUGAAUUUGAUUGAUUAAAUAUUUGAUGUGGAUGUGUAUAUUGGUCCUCUAGAUUAUAAGAAAAUGGUUUUUACUUUAGACAAGACCAAGUAUUUGAAACUAUGGGACUUCUUGAAGCACAUAUGUGAUACGAUCAAUCAUAAUUCUGAACUGGUGUUAGUAACCGAGUAAGAAGAUAGAAUGAUAGUAGACAUUGAUGCUAUUGUGAAGGGUUAGACUUUAAAAAUAGUUAAGAUUCCACCAGAUAUCAAGAGAUUCUAGGAAAAGAUCACAGAGAUGUAUCAAUAACAGUAGCAAUAAAUGAGAAUGAUGAGAACUCCACCAGGCUAAGGGCCUCCCUAAGCAGUUAGCUCAACUAGAGGUGGUGGGAGUGUAUCUUAGUAAAACCAUAUUCCACCUAUCCCAUAGCAAAGGCUACCUCCUCCCCAAUCGAAUUCAAGUUUACAGUUAUUGCCAAAAAGAAGAGGAAGGCCGCCCAAUCCAGAUAAAUAAUAGAAACAUAUGCAAGGGGGUGACGCAGUCUAUUAGAAUUUACUUAGAAACCAGCAAGCAGCAAAUCUAGGCAAUGGAAGAUAAUUAUCUGGCUAUGAAUAAAUGAACAACAACAUCACUACCCCAACAGGAAAUCAAUAAUGUCAAUAAGCUUAAAGUGAAAGAUAGAUAUCUUAAACUCCUGGCAUUGAGGAGUUUUACGCUAUUAAGAGUAAUGAAAAGAAUGCUAUCUUUUAGAAAUUCAAGAGACUCAGCAAUAGCCGUGGCUUUGACUUGUAGAUUCCCAUUAACAAUGUGAUGAAUGGAAAGGAAUUUAUGAACAUCAGAUGUGUUAUCCCAGGGUGCCCUUUCAAGAUUAUGCUUUGCAGAGAUGCUGAAAAUGUGAUGAGUAGCGGCAAUUCGAAUUUCCUUAAAAUUGUCGAGUUAGCUGGAGCUCACAAUCAUCAAUUGAGAUAAUUUUGA